CUUAUCAGCUGUUGGCACUGGCUGGCAGCAGUCAGUCAGUGGUCGCUUUAAGUCGUGCAUUGUCGAAUUUUUAUUUACAUUUCGCUGUCCGUUUCUGUUAGAGCUUCGCCAACUUCUGUCCGUAUUGUAGUCCGUGGUGUGUGUCACAAUUAUUCAUCGGUUUUUAAAUUAUUCAGUGCAAAGGCCCAAAGUCAAGCCAAUCUUUUUUGGCUGCAGCAGCUAUUCGCAUUCCAUUGAGUCCAGAGAGUAUCCUCCCGCACAAUUGCAGUGUUACACAAUUCGAUUGAUUGCCUUGCUUUGGGUGAAAAUUUUGUUUGAUUGGCAUCAGUAAAGACUUUUAUUUAGUGUAUUAUGAUGCUGUAAUCUGUCGGUAAAACAUUGUUGAUAAAAGUGUUAUCUCAUUCUGAGGCGCAAUUCAUUGCCGACCGGACGACAGUGACAAUCAGUCGAGGUGAAGAUUCACUAGUGCUAGGUUCGGAGUCAAGAGCAUUUACAUCAAUCAUGUCAAGUGUUGGUAAAUAUAACUUUGCUAUCGAUCGAGGUGGCACUUUCACGGAUGUGCUAUGUAUUACACCGGAUGGCGGUAUCCGUACGCUGAAGUUGCUUUCGGAGGACCCGGCAAAUUAUCCGGAUGCACCGACGGAAGGCAUUCGCCGAAUUCUGGCCAUGGAGACGGGUGAUCUUGCACGUACGGCCGAAGGUCUGGUGAACACCGAACUGAUCGGUUGGGUCCGGAUGGGAACGACGGUGGCCACGAAUGCCCUGCUGGAACGAGCCGGCGACCCGGUGGCUUUGGUUGUCAAUCGGGGCUUUCGCGAUUUGCUGCAGAUUGGAAACCAGGCGAGACCGAACAUCUUUCAGCUGAACAUCCAAAAACCGUCCAAUCUGUACCGCGAAGUGAUCGAAAUCGACUGCCGUCUUGUGCCAGCACAACGGGACAUAUGCCAGCUGGAGCAAAGCUGGGACGAGUUGCAGGGAGCAUCCGACGCCCGCUAUCUCGAAAUGGUCCCCAUCGACGAAAGCCAAAUACGUGCCAAACUGACGGAAACGCGGAACAAGGGAAUCACUUCGUUGGCGGUCGUCCUGGCGCACAGCUAUGCCUGCCCGGAUCACGAACUGCGUGUAGGUGAAAUUGCACGAGAAGUGGGCUUCCGACACGUAACGUUGUCCCACAAAGCGAUGCCCAUGUGUCGGCUGGUGGCCAGGGGAUUUACGGCUUGUGCCGAGGCGUAUCUGACACCGCAUGUGGAGCGGUACUUGGCCAGCUUCCGCGCAGGGUUCAAGGAUCAAUUAGAGGGUGUGGAUGUUCUGUUCAUGCAAAGUGAUGGCGGGUUGACCAAAAUGGAGAACUUCAGAGGGGCGAGGGCUAUUUUGAGUGGACCUGCUGGAGGGGUGGUUGGGUAUGCCGUGACUGGAUCCAGGGAUUCCGAGGGGCAACCGUUGAUUGGAUUCGAUAUGGGAGGAACGUCAACAGAUGUAUCCAGAUAUGCUGGAACGUAUGAUCACGUGGUGGAGUCUACAACGGCGGGAGUGACUAUUCAGGCUCCUCAGUUAGAUAUCAACACCGUAGCGGCAGGUGGUGGAUCACGUCUGUUCUUCCGCUCCGGACUGUUUGUCGUAGGUCCGGAAUCUGCUGGGGCUCAUCCGGGACCCACGUGCUAUAAGAAAGGUGGCCCGCUAACGGUAACUGAUGCCAAUUUGAUACUCGGCCGUUUGCUGCCGGAGUAUUUCCCGAAAAUUUUCGGUCCCGAUGAGAAUGAAGCACUAGACUACAUGGCCACCAAGGAGGCGUUUACGGUUCUUCAACAAGAGAUCAACAAGCACGUGAUCGAGUCCGGUGAAAACGAGAAACCGUUUUCGCUCGAGCAGAUUGCGAUGGGUUUCAUUCGAGUGGCAAACGAAGCUAUGUGUCGACCGAUACGAGCGCUGACCCAGGCACGAGGAUUGGAUACUUCAAAGCAUGUGUUGGCUUGCUUUGGGGGAGCUGGGGGACAGCACGCUUGUAGCAUAGCUAAGGAACUUGGCAUGAGCAAGGUGCUGGUUCACAAAUACGCCGGAAUACUGUCUGCUUAUGGUAUGGCGCUGGCUGAUGUAGUUCACGAGGCACAGGAACCUGCCAGCUUGAUACUUAACGAGCAAAAUCGCCUAACGAUUAGAGAUAAACUUAACGAAUUGUCUCUUGCUUGCAAGGAACACCUCAUGUCGCAAGGUUUCCAAGAGGAUAACAUCGUCCUCGAGCCGUAUCUACAUCUACGAUACGAGGGUACGGAUUGUGCCUUGAUGUGUGCCCCGGAUAAGGUCAUCAACAAUCAAGAUAACUACAUCUACACCUAUGGGGACUUUGAGAAAACCUUCUUCGAGCGGUACAAGAGCGAAUUCGGUUUUGUGCUGGAGAAUCGGAAAAUCAUCGUGGAUGACAUCCGGGUAAGAGGUUCCGGUAAAUCUUCCGUCUACGAAGAGGCAUCCAUCCCGGAAGCGGAUGGUCCAAUUUAUCCGGAAAAGACGACCACCACGUAUUUCGAGGAAGGCCCAAUGGUGACCCCGGUGUUCGAUUGUUCAAAACUUUGCAGUGGUCAUUCGGUGCAGGGUCCGGCGAUUCUCAUCGACAAGCUGUCGACGAUCGUAAUUGAACCUGGUUGCCAGGCACUGGUAACCUCCAAGGGGGACUUGAUAAUCGAAGUCUCAACUGGGAGUGCAAAUAAGCGAAUUGACGAACACUUGGAUGCCGUUCAGUUGAGUAUCUUCAACCAUCGGUUUAUGAGCAUUGCCGAGCAGAUGGGUCGAGUACUGCAAAGGACGGCCAUUUCAACGAAUAUCAAAGAAAGAUUGGAUUUUUCGUGUGCCCUGUUUGGUCCUGACGGGGGUCUUGUUAGCAAUGCUCCGCAUAUCCCCGUUCAUUUGGGUGCCAUGCAGGAAACUGUCCAGUAUCAGAUCAAGAUCCGAGGCGAGACUCUGAAGCCGGGAGAUGUUAUCCUAUCGAACCAUCCUCAAGCCGGUGGUUCUCAUCUUCCUGAUUUGACCGUCAUCACACCGGUCUUCUACCCGGAAAAUCCUAAACCGGUGUUCUUCGUGGCCUCUAGGGGUCACCAUGCGGACAUAGGCGGUAUCACACCCGGCUCGAUGCCUCCGCAUUCCAAAUCAUUGGCGCAGGAAGGCGCUGCGUUCAAGUCUUUCCUGCUGGUGGACGGAGGUGUAUUCAUGGAGCAGCAAAUAGUUGAACGUUUAGUGACACCCACGGAUGCACCUGGUGCUACGGGUACCCGGAAUCUGUCGGAUAACUUGUCGGAUUUGAAGGCACAGAUCGCUGCCAACCAGAAAGGAAUCCAGCUGGUGGCAGAACUGAUUGACAGCUAUGGGUUGAGCGUGGUGCAGGCCUACAUGGGUUACAUGCAGCAGAAUGCAGAAUUGGCCGUUCGAGAUAUGCUGAAGGAAAUCGCCAGGGAGAGCAGGCUCAGGACGGGGUCUACCAUUCUCGAGGCGGAAGAGCACAUGGACGAUGGAUCACCGAUUCGGCUUCGAGUCUCAAUUGACGAAAAGGAAGGAUCGGCCGUUUGCGAUUUCAGUGGUUCCGGUCCGGAAGUCUACGGCAAUUGUAAUGCACCUCGUGCCAUUACUCUAUCCGCAUUGAUCUACUGUUUACGGUGCAUGGUUGGACACGACGUUCCGUUGAACCAGGGCUGCUUGGCUCCCAUUCAGGUGAUAAUACCGGGGAAUUCGAUCCUGGAUCCCUCGGACGAUGCAGCCGUGGUCGGUGGAAAUGUACUGACUUCGCAGAGGAUCGUUGAUACGGUGUUCAAGGCAUUCCAAACCUGCGCUGCAUCGCAAGGGUGUAUGAACAAUGUGACGAUCGGAGAUGCCAACUGGGGAUACUACGAGACGGUUGCCGGAGGAAGCGGUGCCGGACCGGGUUGGCAUGGAACCGGUGGAGUGCAUUCCCAUAUGACCAACACCCGAAUUACGGAUCCGGAGAUCCUAGAGUUGCGAUAUCCGAUAAUUCUGAAGAAGUUCUCACUGAGAGACGAUCAGUCUGGUGGAGCGGGUCUGUAUCGUGGCGGGGAGGGUGUGCAUAGGGAACUAUUGUUCCGCAAGCCGAUGACACUGUCGGUUCUUACUGAAAGGCGAACACUCCAACCGUACGGCAUAGCCGGUGGAGAAUCAGCCAAAAGUGGUUUGAAUCUAUUGGUAAAGAAGAAUAAAACCAUCAAUCUGGGUAGCAAAACGGCGAUCGAUGUCGAAACUGGAGAUGUCUUCUCCAUGAAAACGCCAGGUGGCGGAGGUUAUGGACGUCCCGCGUCGACCAAUGCUUAUCCAAUAUUGAAUCUGGUCGAUGACGAUCCUUCGAAGGCGUUUGUGGAGCGCGGUAGCUUAUUCGAGUAUCGGAUGGCCCAGGAAUCCGUUUGAUGGCACGAUGUCGGGUUUAACUUUAAUUUUUACAUCGUUUUAAUUGUUGUGCUGAUCAUAAUCGUUGUAGUGAUGUUUAAGUAGCGUAACGAAGGUUUUUGAAAAUUGACCAUUUGAACACUCAAUUUUUGAGUCGAGCUUGGUCAACAGAAUGUCAAGAAUCCAGUUGCUGAGCCUUCGGUAAUUAUUUACCGAGUAGUCGUAAAAUGUUACCAAUAGUUAACAAUUGUUUCGGAAUCUCGAAAAGCCUACACCCAAACAAACAUUUUUGCUGUACAAGAGUUGAACAAACCACUCUUAAGCAAAUAUUAGCUUAAGAAACUGUUAUUCGGCUAUUUCUGUUUCUUUUGACAUUUCCUUCAUUUUUUGAUGAAUUUGGUCAUUUGUUGGUCAAAUCUGUUGGCAGAGCAAACAAAAACGUUCAUAAACCACGUAGAUUUUCAACAUUUUUGUACGGACAACAACAGAGAAAAAAAAAUGUCGGAUGAAAAAGACGCCAAACAAACGACAAAAAAAAACGCGAAGUUUAUCCUUUGUACCACCUUGUGAAUCAUCUUUAUAACUUCAUGAUCUCAAAAAUUCUUGUUGGUGACAAAUAGAAAAUUUGUAAAUUUGUAGCGUAUUUUUGAACUCGUGAAUAAUCAAUCGUAAUAAACCCAAAAUCAACACUGUUUGAUGGUGGCUCUUCAACGGUUAUUCAAUAUUUACCGACUUGUAGUUACCUCUCGAAAAUGGAUGGACAGUCGUUUGCGCUCCCUUGUUAAAUGUGAAAUUACACAUUUCUAGGUUAUGUUUAGCUGGCGAUUCAGUCAUCAAAUUGAUUAAAAACGAUGAUUAAAUUUUCAUCCAUUGUUUCGCUUCGUAUGGAAGCUUCUUCAGGGACUCAAUUUGUAUCGUUUUUUUUGUCUAGUUGGAUUUGUUAAACGUUCAAAUCGACAAUGAUUUUUCAUAAAAGCCUAACUGACUUGAUCGAUUUCUCUUUGUCGACUCUCUCUUUCGCUAAUAACUUAAUCAAAACGAACAAAAUCAUUAUUCUUUUUGUUUCUAUAGCAAGCUGUAGUAAUCUUCUUCGCAUUUCAAUCAAAUUUUUGGGAAAACUCAAUACACAUUCUGUAAUGACACAAAGAGAGAAUCGAUGAAGAUAAUUCGAAAAUGUCAGUUAGGCCCUUAUGAAGAAUCAGUGUCGAAAUGUCAAUAUUGAUGGAGUAAUUUGUGUUGGGGGUGGUAGGAUCCACAGAUGAGCGCUCAAGUAAAAUUUUACAACUUAUCCAGUAUAGGGAGAAAUGUCACGUUUCUUUCCAGUGGAAACCUGCCAUCCAAGCAAAACGUUGCUGAUUAGUAGAAGUAGACUCAGCAUUCAGCAAAGUUUGCAGCAACUUGAACAGUAAAAGAAAAAAAAACACUCGAACUAUAAGAACGAUUCUUGAUAAUCUGUUGACUAAGAUCAAUUUUAGUACUUAGGCACAAACGUAUACGAUUCAAUGUUCCAACUUCCCUUUUUGAUAAUCACUCAUAUCCGCGCAGUAUAUACUCAGGAAGCACAGAAUCCUAAAAUCCAAUAAUUAUAUACCGGUUUUUGAGUAGAUAAUUCAAUUUUUUCCCACAUUCAAGAUUACUACCUACCAGUUGUUCCAAAUGUAUUAACAUAGUUGCCAAACAAUUUGUUAUAAACUUAAACAAAAAAAAGCACAAAAUGUAACGAAUGUGUUCCAAGUAACGUUCAACCAAGAAUUUACCGAUUGUAUACCGUAUAGAGAACAAGUUUACUCGAUUUCAUCUAUUUACUAUAGACAUUAGGAAUGUGAUAUAACGUGGUGUGAUAACCCUGAUGCACAAAAUUAUAAACUCCAUAAAAAUGAAUAAAUACAUACGCAUUCGCGAAAAUUUUA